ACUUCCUGGUUGUCAGGUAGCGUCCUGUGGAAGUCGAGUGAGUGCAUGAAGUAGUUUUUCUUUGCCGUGCUACUUUGUAACAUGGCUUGUGCUGAGUCAGAAGAGAACUUGUUUGAGAUUCCUCUCACUGCGUUGAACAUGACGGUGAGGAAAAAGUUGGGACUUUAUUUAAACCCCAAACACGCUGUGGCCGCAGACUGGACGGCGGUGGCAGAGAUGAUGGGCUUCACUUACCUGGAAAUACAAAACUACGAAGCCUCCAACAACCCCACCCUGAAGAUUCUGCAUGACUGGCAGGCUCGGUGUUCAGACGCCACGGUGGGAAAGCUGCUGUCAGUCCUACAGGAGGUGGAGAGAAACGACGCCGUGGACGAUCUUCGUCCUUUAAUAGAUGAAGAUGUCAGGAAGUAUUGUGAGAAUCUUAAGAAAAACAAUGAGCCUCCAGUUCAGGUUCAUGAAGUUGAUAGCUGUGUCCCUCGCACCGCUGAGUUUGCACGUAUCACCAUGGAGGAUGACAAUGAAGGCACCCCAGAGCUGUUUGAAUGACCGCCUUUAUUUGCCUACUGCCCAAGUGACUUCCACUUUGUCCACGAGAUGAUCCGGCAACUGGAACAAACAGACUACAAGCUGAAACUGUGUGUGUUUGACAGAGAUGUCCUCCCGUUCCUGUGUCUGGACAUUACUGGUGAACUCAUUGAAAAGAGGUGCAAGCGGAUGGUGGUGGUGAUCUCUGAUGAAUACCUUGACAGCGAUGCCUGUGACUUUCAGACGAAGUUUGCGCUCAGCCUUUCUCCAGGAGCUCGAAAUAAACGUCUCAUUCCGGUGGUGUACAAACAGAUGAAAAAGCCAUUCCCCAGCAUUUUGCGCUUCCUUACCAUAUGUGACUACACCCGGCCGUGCACACAGGCCUGGUUCUGGGUCCGCCUGGCCAAAGCCCUCUCUCUGCCAUAAUCACAAACCAGCCAGUUAAAUGUGUUCAAACACACAUUUUAUGCUAUUUUUGACAAAAACCCUGCAUUUUGCUGAGCUGACAAGUUUGCUUUAAGUUACCCCUUUAUGUUCUUAUUGAUCAUAAAGCACAAUUUUUAUCAAAAAUGAGCUAUAAAAAUGUCAGAUAUAGGGUUGGGUAUUGGGAACUGGUUAUUUUCGAGAAUCGUUAAGAAAUGAUUUGAUCCACCGACAUCAAUAGCCUUUUUGCUUAACGAUUCCCUUAUUGGUCCUUCGGAGUGGCUGUUGUUUUUGAGGGUGUUUGUCGGGAAAAUGAUC